GGUUGCGCUCCCUCGUCAGGAAACGGGAACAGGAUUGCCUAAAUUCAUUUGAGUGAAAGCUGUAGGUGUUCUCCACGGACACUCAGGUGUUUUCCUUAACGCGUCGCGGUGUUUUUUUUUUUUUUUUUGGAUGCGCGCAUUAUUUUACGCACCGCAGCUGAGGAAAAGGAAAAAGGGCUGGUGCGUUUGUGUGUUUGUCAGAGCACAGACAGGGGAAGAAGUGGCUACGUAGCCGCUUUGCUUCAUGUGCAUUGUGGUGUCAUCGGCCUGUUUGGAAACAUCUGAGGAGUGGGCUUCAUCCCUGUGACUGAUGGACGUCCUCAGCUUCGUGUGCGCUCUGCUCCUUUGCACUGUGGUGGUGCACGGGAAACCAACAUUACGCAAAGAAAGAAUAAUCCACCCGGAUCCGGAGCUGAGCAGGCAAGCCCACGAAGACAAUAAGAGCUACCAGUACGACCAUGAGGCCUUUCUGGGGAAGGAUGAGGCCAGAACAUUUGACCAGCUCAGCCCAGAAGAGAGCAAGGACAGGCUGAGUAAAAUAGUCGACAGGAUCGAUGGCGACACUGACGGCUACAUCACCACAGCAGAACUCAAGACCUGGAUAAAACGUGUACAGAAGCGUUAUGUUUACGAGAACGUGGCCAAGGUGUGGACAGAUUACGACCUCAACAAAGACAACAAGAUUUCAUGGGAUGAGUACAAACAGGCGACAUAUGGAUACUACCUUGCCAACCCAGAGGAAUUCGAGGAGGCCACAGACCAGUUCAGCUUCAAGAAGAUGCUGCCCCGUGAUGAGAGGAGGUUCAAGACGGCCGAUCUGAACGGGGACGGGGCAGCCGACAGAGAGGAGUUCACAGCCUUCCUCCACCCUGAGGAGUUUGAGCACAUGAAGGAUAUUGUGGUUCUGGAAACCCUGGAGGACAUUGACAAGAACGGCGACGGACAUGUGGACGAGGACGAGUACAUCGCGGAUAUGUUUGCUCAUGAGGACGGCGGUCCAGAGCCGGACUGGGUCAGGACUGAGAGGGAACAGUUCUCUGACUUCCGAGACUUGAACAAAGAUGGUAAAAUGGACCAGGAUGAGAUCCGCCACUGGAUUAUGCCCCAAGACUAUGAUCACGCUCAGGCUGAGGCCAGACAUCUGGUGUACGAGUCGGACCAGGACAAGGACCAGAUGCUGACCAAGGAUGAGAUCCUUGAAAACUGGAACAUGUUCGUUGGAAGUCAGGCCACCAACUAUGGAGAAGACCUCACCAGGAACCAUGAUGAGCUCUGAGUUCUGAGUGUGUGUGAAUGAGGAGGGGUCGCUGAAUAACUUAGUCUUCAGCGACAGGACUUUGACCUCCGCCCUCAACCAUAUCACCGCUUCCAUCCUUUGGUCGUCACAGUGGGACAGAUGUACGCUGCGGAUGCCAAACGGGCGGAUGGAUACGGUUCGGUCCGACCACUAACACUAUAGGUCCUUUAGUGGUUCUGUUUCUGACAUUCAGGAGCAAAACCAGACCCAGUGGACUUCACUUCCAUCGAUGGUGCCUUCCAGCCGCAUCGCCGGCGUCGCUGCCUCAGAGAUCUGUGUAGAUAGUCUUUAUUAAAACCUGCUCGAGCCGAAUGCGGAGCGAUACAGUUUAUCAGAAACAGGAGCAGUUUUUUGGAUAGAAACGUUAAUGUGAAACUGCAGUUCAGAGCUUUUAUUCUGAUUUUAUUUAUUGAUGAAAUAACUUCCUAAAUGUUUAGUGUUCAGCUAGAAUUUUUUAACGUAAGACACAUUUGAUGUUUCUGUUUACACUCUUUACGGCCAAAUAAGUUAGAUUUUUGCUUGUUUGUUUGUUUCGGAUUAGUGGAAUGCUUUAAGAACUGAUAAACUGAUGUUCAGUGGCAUGGUUUUUGCACGUGUUGGGUUUUAGUUUAGCCUGUGAACAAUUUCCUUCUUUGUACUUAGUUUAAAUUGUAUUUAUUCCAAGGCCAACAGUUUGUGCUAUGUUACAUUUUUUGACUUCUGUUUUGUUACACUUGUUACAGCUGGAGUAUAAGACUGACUUUUGUUGCUGUUUUGUUUUUUUAGAGGAAAGAGAGAACAUUUCCUUUGCUCUUCUCAAAUAACUUAUUGCAUUACGUUACAACAGUCACAGCAUUGUAUAUAUCAGUCGGAUAUAUUCACCUUUUGUCUUUUAAUGUUUUUUUGUUGUUUUUUUUUCAGCCAAUAUAGUUUGUAUGAAAAGUGCAUAGACCUAUACAACUCAAAGAAAUGACCAUGAGAAUUGGUUUUUGGAUUUUAUUUUGUGAAAGUGAUGUCACUCGGAACGCCUUUUUUCUUUUCUCUCUGUGCUUUUUCUGUUAAUGUGUCUUAAACCUCAGUUGCAUAAACAGUCCUCAAACAUAUUUAUAUGUAUUUUAUUCCACAAUGAACAUGCUCAACAUCCACGUGAAAAUAAAUAAUAGAGA